AGCCGCUUCCGGGAUGGUCGGGAGCCAACGAGACUUCGAGCCUCCGGGUGGGCUAGAGCGGCGCGACAUUCAGGUGUGUGCGGCCAUGGAGGACGAGAAGAGCUUCUCCGAUAUCUGCGGCGGCCGCCUAGCCCUGCGGUGCCGCUACUACUCACCGUACUGCCGCGAGUUCGGCCUCAGCUCGGCUCGGCUGUCGCUGUGCUCGCUCACCGCGGUCACCUGCGCGGUGUGGCUGGCGGCCUACGGGCUCUUCACCCUGUGCGAGCAUGGUCCUCUCUGCCACCAUCUUCAUCACCAUCUUAGGCCUGCUUGGUUACCUCCAUUUUGUGAAGAUUGACCAGGAGACUCUACUAAUCAUCGACUCACUUGGCAUCCAGAUGACUUCAUCUUAUGCAUCGGGCAAAGAAAGUACCACCUUCAUAGAGAUGGACAAGGUCAAGGACAUUAUCAUUAACGAGGCUAUCUACAUGCAGAAGGUCAUUUACUACCUCUGCAUUUUACUGAAGGAGCCGGGGAAGCCACACGAGAUCUCUCGAGUAGUUCCUGUCUUCCAGAGUGCCAAGCCCCGGUUGGACUGCUUGAUUGAAGUAUACAGAAGCUGCCAGGAGGUUCUGGCACACCAGAAAGCCACAGCAACAAGCUUAUGAGGCUCAGCAUUCAAAGGCCAGUAUUGUCUUUAUGGAGAGGACUCCUAGACUGUAGUGGCCGGUUUAUUUUCCAUACUGUAAAAACCAUCAGGACACAGUCCUGGGAAUCAGAAUGGAUGAGUAGAUCUCAGAACCACAGAGGAGGGGCUGGAACUUGAUUCAUGUUCAUAAUGUUCCCUGUAUAAUACAGUUUUUUCUAUACUACGAAUCAAGGGGAGACCUUAAGGAUUUUGACAUGUCAAAAGGCGGCCAGGCAUAGUGGCACAUGCCUUUAGUCCCAGCACUCAAGAGGCAGAAGCAGGUGAUCUCUUGAGUUUAAGGCCAUUCUGAGCUACAUAGUAAGUAUCCUCCACCCAAAAGUAUUGUCCAAAAAGAACACUGAAAACUUUAAGUACCUUCAUGUUUGUGUUAAAAUCUGUGAAGUAUUAAGACUGGUACCAGAUUUCACAAGAAAAAUGUAAUUUCCAUCUGUAUAGACUCUUGUCUAAAAGUUAGGGAAAAUAAGUCACAUUUUUAUGUAUGAGUUAGCAGGAAUAAAAUGCCUAAAGGGCUAGCCUCUAUCCACCCAGCUCCUAAGAUCUGUGCAGGAUCAUGACUCCUUCAUCCACAAUUUAGCUAGGGAUGGUGUGGAUGCUUGUAAUCCCAGCUCUCAGAAGCUGUCAACAGGAGGAUUGAAAGUUUGAGGCCAGCCUGGGCUUCGUGAUGAGACACUGUCUCAAACCCCAAGAUAAAUAUCCACAACACACAGUUAUUGUCUGGUUCACUGACAGUUUUAUUGACAAACAUACAUAGCAUUUCAGCCAUGGGUGUCAAGCAUGAGAGUACCUUUCUGUUAAUAUUUUCUAUUGCUCAAAAGCUGUUUGGCUAAGAGGGCUUAGGUGAAGAGUGAGAGAUUAAAUGUUGGUUCCCAGACAUGAGCCUGUCACAUUAAAGGAUGAGGAAGCCAGUUGACAGAAGCCUUUGUUUCAGAGGUGGUUCCUUAGAUGCUAAAGAUCAGGAAGGAGAAAAGGCGCUGGACUGGGCAGAACUCGCCUUUAACCCCAGCACUGCAGAGGCAGAGGCAGGCGGAUCUCUGAGUUUGAGGCCAGCCUGGUCUACAUAGUGAGUUCCAGGACAGCCAGGUCUGCAUAGUGAAACCCUAUCUCAAAAAGAGAGCAAGAGAAAGGAAAAAAAAAAGCAGCAGCACAGCAGCAGUAGCUAAUCAGACCUUCAAGUCUUACAAACAGUUGCAUUAGCUGGAAUUCUGUUUACAAAACAAAAACAACCUGAGAGCAGACUACAUCCUUACUGGCUUUAAGGCCCUUGGGAUGUAAACCAAGAACUGCAUUCUCUGCCCUUCACCUAGCCUUGAAGGAGCUGUCCAGGGGCCUAUAGCAAUGUGACUUGAGGUAGACCUGUCUCCUCUAGAACCCCAAAUCUGGGGUGGGAGUUGGGGUUCAAACAGAAAUGGCUAUAAAGCUGCCUGGCUUGCAAGUCAAGCUCUUUUUAAGGGGCAGACUCUUGUGCCUUUUUAAAGUCAGGCUUGUCAGUUCAAAGGAUGAGGGAUUACAGCAGCUGAGGCAUUCAGAUUAAACUAAUUUUUGGCCUUGCAGUUUCUUGUGGUGUACAACACACACAUUGUUGGGUUAAAGGCUUAUUUCUUGAUAUUCCUCUUAUCCCCUAGUCUAUGUUACUGAAAAAUAAUAAAACUGCCUUAAAGCUACACAAUAAAGCUUAUUUUUUAUAUGUUGGAAAA